AUGGUGCUCAAAUUCAUUCGCCAGCUCUACUCGCUGGACACCCUUGAUACACGCUUCGUUGUUCCGGCCACCUCACCCCCGAAAGAGGCGCUCGAAGAGGCCAAACUUGAUCCCGCUGGGCCAGUACCAGUCAAAGAUGGUCGAGACGGGAGCAAAAACCCAGAAAAUAGAAGCCAUCCACCACUAUGGAACACGCCGGAAUUCUACUUCUACUACGUGGUCAUUCUGACUAGCGUGUUCUUUAUGUUCAAGUUGGUGCUAGAUGUGUCUCAAGAAUCUCACCCAAACUAUCCAAAGUUCGACCAUCUGUUGUCUGAUGGUUGGAUUCCUGGACGCAAAGUGGACAACACUGACGCUCAAUAUGGCGGUUUCCGUCAGAACAUUCCCUAUCUUUUCAUCGUUGUUGUACUUCAUCCUAUCUUGCGCAAGGCCUAUGAUUCGUUCUGGAGAGCCGACACAUAUACUCAAGUCCGCUCUUCAUCAGCCAUUGGAGGUCUUACCAUGGGCUUGACUCCCAGUGCUGCAGCAGAUGCCCGCAUGAACCAACGCGUUUCCUUCGACCUUCUCUUUGCUGCCGUUUUCCUUGCUGCUCUGCAUGGUUUUUCUGCGUUCAAGAUCCUUGCCAUUCUAUACGCCAACUACUGUAUCGGAACCAAGCUUCCGCGGCAGUAUGUACCAGCUGCCACAUGGAUCUUCAAUGUAGGCACUUUGUUUGCGAACGAGUUCUCGGACGGAUACUCAUACGCCAACAUCCUCGGGGUUUUCCUCCCAUCAACUGUGUCCGAGAAAGGCGAGCCAACAUCCAACUUUGGUCACACUCUGGACAGCUACGGCGGUCUGAUACCCCGUUGGGAAGUCCUUUUCAACUUCACCAUUCUUCGCUUGAUAAGCUUCAAUCUUGACUAUUACUGGAGUCUAAACACCCGCACUAGUAGUCCCCUUGAAAAGAAACAACUCGACCCUUCCAAUCUCUCCGAGCGGGACCGAGUCACUAUACCCGCUAAACCCACUGAUUAUACGUUCCGCAACUACUUCGCCUAUGCCAUGUACUCGCCUCUCUACCUCGCUGGGCCCAUCAUUACUUUCAAUGACUACAUCGCUCAAUGCCGAUACAAAUCUCACAGCAUCACUACCAAGCGAACCACCCUCUACCUUGUUCGUUUCAUUGUUGUCUUGCUCACCAUGGAAAUCAUGAUUCAUUACAUGUACAUGGUCGCCAUCUUCCAUGCCAGACCCGAUUGGUCCCAGUACACACCAGCCCAGCUUAGUAUGCUGGGUUUCUUCAACCUAAAGCACAUUUGGCUCAAGCUUCUCAUCCCGUGGCGCUUUUUCCGUCUCUGGUCUCUGAUGGAUGGCAUUGACCCUCCCGAGAACAUGGUCAGAUGCAUGUCUGACAACUACUCCGUCAUGUAUUUCUGGCGUGGGUGGCACCGCAGCUUCAAUAAGUGGAGUUUGAGAUAUCUCUAUAUCCCGCUGGGUGGUAACAGGGGCGAAGGCAUGUGGGGCAAGGCAAGGUCAAUUGGAAACUAUCUCGCCGUGUUUACCUUCAUAGCAAUUUGGCACGACAUUCAGCUUCGAUUACUUAUGUGGGGUUGGCUUGUCACGCUCUUCGUCCUCCCAGAGAUUAUCGCUUCGUACAUUUUCCCCGCGAGGAAGUGGAAAAACAGCCCGGAUGCGUAUCGCUGGCUAUGCGGUGUUGGUGCUGUGUUUGAGAUCUUGAUGCUCAUGACAGCCAAUCUCGUUGGCUUUGCGCUAGGGGUUGACGGCCUGAAGGACUUGGUUCGUGGCAUUGUGGGGACAUGGUCUGGCUGGAUGUUCCUUGCUACGGCUUGUGGCGCGUUGUUCACUGGUGUGCAGUUUAUGUUCGAAUGGAGGGAGAAAGAGAAGAGGGGGGGAAUCAAGAUGAAGUGUUAG